AUGGUGAGUUUCUCUUCAACAGGAAACCUUGGAUCUUGGAGUGGUCCAGUGGAGUGGUUUACAUUCAAUCAAUCCGAGAACGAAUUGCAGCGGUCGUCGAAAAAGAAUGCGAGCUACUCGCGCGCGCUUCACGCGCCUGCAAUGUUUAUGGCGAUAGCAUUACACCUGGCGAUGUGCAUGGAAAACGCGCUGCUGCAUGCUCCAAAUCUCGGUCUUGCACUUCUUACAAUCAUUGCAUUUGCUCAUAUCCAUGUUCGAAUAGCCGAAGUGGAACACCGUUGCCAACUUCAGGCAACGUCUACGCAAGAAAACACUAGAGAAAAACGUCAAAUUUUUAUCAACAAAACAGCAAACGGGAACCAUUUAUGGAUGUCAUCAAUGUCUCGAGUGAAGAUUGGCGAACUCAUGCAAAAAUGUUUGGAUAUACACCAAUACUGCACCGAAAUGGACAGUUCAGAUCGUGGACCACCUGGACCGCCUGGCCCACGAGGACCUCCAGGUAAACCUGGCUCCACUGGACCUUCUGGAAGACCUGGUCUCAUGGGAGUUCCUGGACUUCCUGGACCGCAAGGACCUCCAGGUCCUCCUGGAAAGGAUGCGGAUUGUGGCCAAUGUCCUGUCAAUGAAGACUACCUCCUUCAACGAUCCGCCGAUUGUCCCAAGGUCGAGGAAAUGAAGUGUACCGAACGGACUUCUAUUGACAACAUGAUUGGACCACGGCUAAUCGACAAGGCGCUACCGUCCAUGGUCGAACAAAUGGUUUACAACAACACGGACGUGGAGACUUGUCUGAAGGUAUGCCUGGGUAACAUCACCAGAGAAAUCGAGGAGGUGGAAGAGACAUCCACGGAAUCAGCAUACAUUCAGGAAGCCACUGCAAACUGCAAACUUCAAAGUGUGGGAAAACCGGUGUUCCACUCACAUGCUACCACCUACUACGGCAGCUGGAUGAGAGAUGCGUAUCCCAGAACAGGCGAUGACAUGCUUAAACGAUACCUGGUAAAUCACUUCCAAGGGAUCGAAAUAGUGGAAUAUCGAACCGAAGCAGAUUUACGUCGAGAACACAUCAACAAUGUAUAUCGGCUUCCUCAUGUGUUCGAUGGUACAAACCAUGUGCUCUUCAAUGGAUCCUUAUUCUUCCACCGAGCAGGUUUUCCUCGGAUUGGGAAAUUUGAGCUCAACUCUGGACAUUACGAUGAAAUUGAAAUUGAAGGUGCUGCUCACCAGGGUAACAACUACCUCUUCAAUAACUCGAUGAAUUACUUCGACCUUGCAAUUGACGAGAACGCUUUGUGGAUAUUGUUUCACUACGAAACCGAGCCGUUCCUUAGCGUUGUCAAGGUCGACAUAAACAACCUCACGAUCUAUGAAAUCCACAACCUCACUCUCAUCAACCACAAUCAAAUCGCAAACGGUAUUGUGAUUUGUGGAGUUCUCUACACGAUCGAAGAUAAUCAUGCGCAACGGACGUUCAUCUCCACCGGUUAUGACUUCUAUCGGCUACAAUACUCGAAACCGAACAUCAAAUGGGUUAAUCUCUAUCGAAACGCCAAUAUGAUCUCCUACAAUCCAUACGACAAACGAAUCUAUGUUUACGAUCAUGGAUAUCUGCUUUCGGUGCCAGCUCACAUACAGUGGACGUCGAAAUGA